UUUCAUCUUUCCCGGAGCCACCACCAACAAUGGCGGUUUCUCUCUCUUCGUCCUCGACGUUCACUCCCUUAACGCUGCAGCAAAAGCUGAAACCGACUCAUGGCUUUGGGAGAUUAAACUUCGCUUAUUCGGUGAAUUCUCACGGUGUCUCUCUCCGGCGUAGCGCCGUGGUCGUGUCGGCCAUUACCGGCGCCUCAGGAACUGAAACUGCUGGUUUGCUAGAGACAGUGAAAGUCUCGGACUUGAGAGGAAAUGAGAUUCCGAUUUCUGAUUUAUGGAAGGAUAGGAAAGCCGUUGUUGCAUUUGCUCGUCAUUUCGGAUGCGUGCUUUGUCGGAAACGAGCAGCUUAUCUUGCUGAAAAGAAGGAUGUGAUGGAUGCAUCUGGUGUUACUCUUGUUCUCAUUGGACCUGGAAGUAUCGAUCAGGCCAAAACUUUUGUGGAACAGACGAAAUUUGAAGGAGAGGUGUAUGCAGAUCCAAAUCAUGCGUCAUACGAGGCGCUUAAAUUUGCUUCAGGGGUUUCUGUGACAUUUACCCCCAAAGCUGCUCUGAAGAUAAUAGAGUCUUACAUGGAAGGAUACCGCCAAGACUGGAAACUCUCUUUUAUGAAAGAUACUGUUGAAAGAGGCGGCUGGCAACAAGGUGGAAUCCUAGUUGCUGGCCCUGGGAAAAAUAACAUCUCUUACAUCCGCAAGGACAAAGAAGCUGGAGAUGACCCGCCUGUUGAAGAGAUCCUAAAAGCGUGUUGCGCUUGAAGGAAUCACAACUCACAAGCAAAACGUAAAAGACACUAUUUUUUCUUAAUAGUAUUAGAGUCGAUCUGACGAUCUCUCCUCGUCUUCAUACAGCUCGCAUAAGAGACAUAAAUUUGAUAAAACGUGUUCACUUGGUGUUUUAAAGACAUAGACUUGCAGUGUAUAUAUCUCUCCUUGUCGUUCAAGUUUUGGAGUUUUUUUCUGAUAAAAAAACAAUGUUGUCAAAAGUCAGUCAGGCAAACAUUCUAUGAAACGUUACUGCUAAAGUAACAAAUACAACAUUAGAACA